AUGGGUUCGAAGUCGUUUGUAACGUCAGCCCUGACAGGGCUGACGUCGGCUGACCCUGACUCGGUACAGUUCCUGAUGUUCAGUGAUGAAGAUAUCAAGAAACUUAGCGUUGCGAAAAUUACUAAUAUGACGUCUUUCGACGCGAUGGGAAACCCUACAAAAGGAGGUUUGUAUGACUCCGCGAUGGGCCCCGCCCGAGACAGGUUCGAUGCUUGCGCCACCUGUCACAAUACAAUGUUGCACUGUCCUGGACAUUUUGGUCACAUAGAACUACCUCUCGUCGUAGUGAACCCACUUUUCAUGAAGACAAUUUAUACACUAUUCCGUAUCAGUUGCCUUAAAUGUUGCAAAAUACAAAUGGAUGAUAAAAUGAAAUUCAUGUUGAAGUUGCAACUUCAACUUAUUGAUAGUGGUCAUGUGACUGCAGCUCUUGACUUGGAUGGUUUCAUAGGUGACAUCAAAGAUUACAAAAACGAUACAGAUAGCUCACCAAACAAAUCUAGCAAAGCAAUCAGGAAGUUCCAAAAACUAUUAAAAAAAAGUGAUCCAGUCACGGCUACUUUUCACAAUAAAAAUACAGAUAAAUUGCGAACAAAAACUUUGAAUAAUUAUUUUAAAGCCAUAAAUAUUGCUAAAAAUUGUAUGUAUUGUACAAGUAAAUUAAUUAAAAUAACGACAUCUGAAGGUAAAUUGAUGUACAAUGUGACUGCUGAUGGCCAAACAGAAGGAAAAGGUAAAAGUGUUAAAAUUUUGAUGCCUGAUGAAAUCAAGCGCUAUUGCACUUCAAUAUGUGAAAAUGAUGAAGACAUUUUGAUACACUGUUUACCAGUUCUCAAACAUUCUAAUAUUAAACCAGUGACAAACCUUUUCUUCAUGGAAUUAGUGCCAGUAGUACCGCCAGUAGUUAGACCUUGCAAUUAUUUACAAGGUGAACUGAUGGAGCAUCCACAGACAAAUGUAUAUAAAGGCAUAUUGCAUCAUGCCUACAGUGCUAGAGCUAUCUUGCAAGUUGUAUCUGCUACUGAUCAGCUAAAGGCUAUUGAUACUCUUGAGCAACAGCCAAGACAAGCAUAUGAAAGUAUUCAGGGUCAAACCCCCCCAGAAAAGCUGCAUACUGUUUGGCAAGACCUACAGAAACAUAUCAAUUAUCUCCUGAGCUGUGAAGGCCAAGGUUUAGCUAGCCAAGGACUAAAACAAAUUCUCGAGAAGAAAACUGGUGUCAUCCGAAUGCACAUGAUGGGCAAAAGAGUAAACUUUGCAGCCCGAUCUGUAAUCACACCUGAUCCAAAUGUGGACAUAGAUGAAAUUGGUAUACCAGAUGCUUUUGCUACAAAACUAACUUAUCCAGUCCCAGUCACAGAGUGGAAUGUUGAUGAACUACGAAAAAUGGUUAUUAAUGGGCCCAACAAGCAUCCAGGUGCUGAAAAACUUGAAAUAGAAAAUGGAAGAGUAAUCAGAAUUCCACCUGAUUCAAUACAAAAACGAAAAAGUCUUGCUAAAAGGCUGCUGACUCCUGAUGAGUACAAAACUUCUGGUUUAAAGAUUGUCCAUCGACAUUUAGUAAAUGGUGAUGUUCUAAUUCUGAAUCGACAGCCUUCUCUUCAUAAACCCAGUAUGAUGGCACACAGGGCAAGGAUUCUAAAAGGAGAAAAAACCCUGCGUUUACAUUACGCCAAUUGUAAAUCCUAUAAUGCUGAUUUUGAUGGUGACGAAAUGAAUGCUCACUUUCCACAAAAUGAAAUUGCUAGGAGCGAAGCCUAUAACAUUAUGUCAGUUCGAAAACAAUUCUUAGUGCCAAAAGAUGGCACACCAUUAAGUGGAUUGAUUCAAGAUCAUGUAAUUUCUGGAGUGAAAAUGUCAUUGAGAGGUUCAUUUUUUACGAAGUCUGAUUAUCAACAACUAGUGUUUCAAGCUUUGUCAAAUCAUAAAGGAGAAAUAAAGCUGCUUCCGCCCACAAUACUUAAACCAAUGAUGUUAUGGUCUGGAAAACAAAUACUUUCAACAAUAAUCAUGAAUAGCAUUCCUAAAGGAAAACCGUACUUAUCAUUGACUGGAAAAGCAAAGAUCAGUACAAAAGCAUGGCAAAAGGAACAACCAAGACAAUGGUUAGCUGGAGGGACACCUUUUAUUGACGCUAAUACUAUGUCAGAAGGUGAAGUUGUAAUUCGAAAAGGAGAGUUGUUGUCUGGUGUUCUGGAUAAGACCCAUUAUGGUGCCACUCCUUAUGGCUUAGUACACUGCAUGUACGAAUUAUAUGGUGGUGACAGUUCGAGUGCUGUACUUAGUUCAUUUUCAAAGGUAUUCACAUUUUACUUACAGUGGAUUGGCUUCACUCUCGGUGUCAAAGACAUCCUGGUUGUUCAAGACGCUGAUAAACAACGUGACAACUAUGUCCAUUUAGCGAGACAAGCUGGAAGGCUUGCUGCUGCAAAGGCUACUGAGCUCCCUAUGGAUGUUGACGAAAAUAAACUGAAGGAUACUAUAGGAGAAAUGCUCAUAAAAGAUCCGAAAUUCCGAACUAAUUUGGACAGACAAUAUAAAAACGUGCUUGAUUCACACACAAACAAUAUAAACCAAUGCUGUUUGGGAGACGGUUUGAUAGAGAAAUUCCCUUACAAUAAUUUGCAAUUAAUGGUGCAAUCUGGUGCAAAAGGUUCCACUGUUAACACUAUGCAGAUUUCAUGUCUGCUUGGACAAAUUGAGUUGGAAGGCAAGAGACCUCCAUUGAUGAUAUCUGGGAGAUCUCUGCCAAGCUUUCCUCCUUACGAUACUUCACCUAGAGCUGGUGGAUUCAUUGAUGGACGUUUCAUGACAGGAAUUCAACCUCAGGAAUUCUUUUUCCAUUGUAUGGCUGGUCGUGAAGGUCUUAUCGACACAGCUGUCAAGACCAGUCGAUCUGGUUACUUACAGAGAUGUCUGAUAAAGCAUUUAGAAGGUUUAUCUGUUGCUUACGAUCACACCGUAAGAGAUGCUGACAACAGUGUUAUCCAAUUUGCUUACGGAGAAGAUGGACUCGACGUUCUAAAAUGCCAGUUCCUAAAGAAGAGCCAGUUGGAGUUUCUUGAUAUUAACUCUAAGGCUGUUGUCCCCAAAUCAGUGAUCAAGAAACUAAAAGAUGAAACUGACUCUAAACAAGUAACUAAAGCGCAAAAGUCUUUGAAAAAAUGGAAAAAGAAAUUUGGUGAUCCAACUGAGAAAAGGCGAACGAGUUCGUUUACACAGUUUUCUGUGUUAGGAAAAAGAGAAAUCAUUGUUGACAAUGAUCCUACUGAUCUGACAAGAGAUCCCUUUUAUUGGGAGUUAGAAAAGAAAUGGAGAAAUAUGAGUGAAGAGGAAAGGCAAGAAUAUUCCAUAAAGACAUGUCCUGAUCCAAUUCCUUCCAAGAUGUCACCAGAGUACAAGUUUGGAGUAAUAAAUGAGCAAUUGGAUAAAAUUAUACAGAGUUAUUUGAAGAUACGUCAGGAAACACUGUAUUCAGAAUACACAGAGAAAGAGAAAUUUUUGGACAUAAUGAAUGCUAAAUAUUUAGAAUCAAUGGCAGCUCCUGGUGAACCCGUUGGGCUACUAGCCGCUCAAUCUAUUGGUGAGCCGUCUACUCAGAUGACACUGAACACCUUCCACUUUGCUGGUCGUGGUGACAUGAAUGUCACGCUCGGUAUUCCACGUCUUCGAGAAAUUCUGAUGACAGCAUCUGCGAAACUAAAAACACCUAAUAUGGAUAUUCCGUUCCUUAAGGACCUGUCUAAUUUGACCAAGAAGUCAGAGAAACUAAGACGUAAACUAAAUAGAGUUACUGUAAGUGAUGUUUUAGAAAAAAUUGAAGUGGAGUGUGAAAUAGUGACUAAUCCUGAAAGACAACUGAAAACGACAAUGAAUUUUUCAUUUUUGCCGCACUCUCAAUAUAAGACACAAUAUGCGGUAAAGCCGGCGCAGAUUAUAAAACACAUGCAGAACAAAUUUUUCAACGAGAUGUUUUCGACAAUUCGAAAACACGCUAAGGCAACGUGUGGGGUGUUGUGGUCGGCGGAGAAAGAAAAAAGGCGCCGAGUGGCCAAUGAUGAUGAGGACGAAGAGGAAUCUCCUGAUACUAAUGAACAGGCAGCAAAAAAUUUGGACAGCUCAGACGAGGAAGGCCCAAACGACGACGACGAUAAUACUGAUGUAAAGCUACGCAAGAAAAGAGCCGAAGAGCAAGAAUAUGAAGAUCCUGAGUCGGAGGAAGAAGAGAAAUCUGAUGAUGAAGCAGAACUAAUGGAUGAACAGAAAGACACCGAUGACGUUGUAGAAGUACCCAAAGAAGAAGUUGCGCUGGAGGAGAGUCGAAUCAUGUCCAGUGUUGUUGAUAGCAUUGAAAGUGCCACAAAUUACAAUUUUGAUACCAAGAAACACAGGUGGUGCGAGUUAACAGUGCGUUUCCCGAUAGCUUUCCUAAGAGUAGAUCUUUCUCAAGCUUUACGAGAUGCUGCUGCGAAAUCUGUCAUACAUGAAGUCAAGAACAUAAAACGAGCUAUAACAAACAAAGAGAAAGAUGUUCUUUAUCUCAAAACUGAGGGUAUCAACAUAGUGCAAAUGUUCAAAUACAACGAUUUGCUAGACCUGAACAAAAUAUACAGUAACGACAUUCAUGCCAUAGCCAAUACUUAUGGAAUUGAAGCGGCAAAUAAAGUUAUCAUUACAGAAAUACAGAAUGUGUUCAAUGUUUAUGGCAUCACUGUCGAUCCCAGGCAUUUGACUUUGGUAGCUGAUUACAUGACGUAUAAUGGUAUAUUUGAGCCUAUGAGUAGAAAAGGGAUGGAAGCAUCGACAUCACCGCUUCAGCAGAUGUCUUUCGAAUCAUCGUUGAUCUUCUUAAAGGACGCUAUAUUGAAUUCGAAAAUGGAUAAUAUUAAAUCAGCUUCUAGUUGUCUAAUGUUGGGACAACCAUGCAGAAGCGGUACAGGAGCUUUUACCUUGCAAGAUAUAACAGUGAAAUUAUUAGAUAAAAGUAUCAAGAAAGGCAAGAAAACUUAUUUCUAG